AACGUAGAACGUAUGUACGUGCCAAUUCAUAUCCCGAGAUAUUCCUUAGUGGCCCUGAGUUUUCAAGUCUGAAAAUUUCAAAUCAGUCAGUCGCGACGUCCAGCGUUGUCCAGUACGCUUACUGAGUAACAAAUAUUUGUGUCGGACAUCGAAAUAAUCUAUGAAUAAAACAAGAAGCUUGAUCGGAAAAUAUACCUGAAAAUUCGGUCUGUCUCCGCGAGUGACAAUAGUGACUUGAACAACAAAUAAGCGAACUGUUAUAUUAUAGUACUAAUAAUGAAAUGAAUAUUUCGAACAGUCAUUAAGGACAAUCAAAAUGCCAAUUUUAUCAGAAAUGUCACAGAGGUUUAUCAAUUUAACUACUGAUGCGAAACCAGAUCCACCACGAAUUGUCGUGGAAGAUGAAGGAUAUAAGUUAGGUCUAUCGUCUCCAGAGACUAAAAUAAAUUCAGCACCAGUAACGCCUGACAUUGAAAAUGGUGCGAAAGACAUACCGGAAGUUAUCAGGAGGCAGAAAUCAGCACCGGAACCAACUACUUCAGACAGCGAAUUUCCAAAAAGUCCGAAGAUUGGUCAUUCGAGUACAGCAGGUUUUGAGUUCAGAUCAAAGAGUCCACGAGGAAAGACGAAGCCCAAGUAUAAAAUACCGCAAAGCGCAAAUGUCGUAAAUUAUAAUAUAGUUAAUUCAAAAGGAGUGACCAUUGGCUCCAGGACAAGUAUCACAUAUAACAACUUAAAUCAGUUUAAUAAAAAUACCACAGUAACGCCAAAAUCUUCUACAAUGAAGGCAAAAACUAAACCGAUGCCUGAAAGUGUUGAGGAACUCAGCAUGUGUAAGGAACAAAUUAAUCUUGACGACAUGUUUCUGAUAAAAACUCAUAUUGGACAUGGUUGGCGUGAUGUAGCUAGACGUCUAGGCUACUCCGAAGGACAAAUUGAUCAGUUCGAAGAAAAUCAUAUGGUCAAAGGCAUCGAUCAGGUCAUUUAUCAAGUGCUACUCGAUUGGAAGCAGACGAAUACGAAGGACGCUCGACUUGGCGACUUGAUUUGCAUAAUCUGGUCUUGUCAAGAAUAUGAUUGUGUGGAAAGAUUAGCAGCCGCGCGCAAGAAGCCUUCGUAGCGCGUAUUUAGAAUUUCUAAAUAGCAUAAUUGUAUAUAUUCAGGUCAAAUGUACUACCUGAAGUUAACCUGUCCAUUUGAUUUCUAUGUACAAGCACCUUCAGGUAGUUUGUUUGUACGGAAUAACUCCUUAUAUUUUUCGUUUUGUUAUAAUGAACGCAUUAAAAAACUAAAUAUAAAAAUUCAUGCUGAAGCGUGAGCAUUUGUUAUAAUAAAUCUUUAUUUACCUGAGUUAUUUCAGGUACGGAAACUUUGACUUAAUUUUUAACAAAUGAAUUAAAUACUUUUUACUUUUCAUUAUUUGAUAUUUCAAAAAUGUGUAAUAUCGGAAUACACUUAAACUUCCCGUUGAGGGUUCAGAAUUUUUUAAGAUUCUACGCAUGAGCUCGAUAAAGUGUAUUCUUUUUGACGUUUACUAAAAAAUAUAUUGUUAAUGGCAUUAUCUGUGUUGAAAUGCUUAAUGCAAUGUAUUACAUUUACUUUAAUUAUAAAUAAUAUUUAUCAAUAAUUCUUCUUCGACUGUUCGCAUUUAGAAUCUAAAGUGCUUGGAUAACAAAUCUGGCAUGUUGAUUUAUUUCUUAUUCUCAAUUACUUGUUACUCAAACUAUUCCACGUGCUUAUAUAUAGUAAUAAGUAGAUUUGCAAUAUAAGCGUGUAAAACGAAUUUUUAGGUUUAACUCGUGGCUAUAAUUUUAUAUCUGAAUAGUAUACAUGGAACGUAUUAGGUGAUAUAAAAGGAAAAUUUGUCAAUGUGAUAUUUUUAGACUUUAUUAUACAAUAGAAUUAUUUGUAGGACUUAACUUUCCAUAUUGGAAAUUAAGAAUAUUGUUAUACCAUUUGUGUUACAUUUUUGAAUAGACGUAGACACAGAUUUCAGUCUUUAUUGUCAUUGUAAGAUUAAGAUUAAUGCAUUACAUAAAGAAUAAAGUAAUGGUUUUGGAAA